AUGGCCGUAGAUAACAUGCUAACCUCACCGCUCCUGGAUGAAGAUUCCUCUUCAUAUUCCGAUUCGUUCUCAUCCAGUAACAUAUCGCAAACAGACCGACUCCUUCUGUCAGUUGAUGAUUCCAUUGAAUCGUUAAUCGAUCAUGGUCGCUCCGAAUUAAAUAAUGUAGAUACCACAACAAUUUGUAAAAAUUAUUUCUAUGGACAACUAGCAAACGUAAUGAAAUCAGCAGUUUGGUGGAGUAUGAUUGGAGUCCUGAUUAAAAAUUUCAGCUCCUCAUAUUAUGGAUUAUCAAUUACACGCUCAAUUUUCAACUUGGCAUUGGUGAUGGGAUCGUUCGUAUCGAAUUUGAUUGCAGAAGUUGUUAAUAUUAGGAAACUGCUCUGUUUUACAACUUUGUGCAGGUUGAUGAUAUGGUCAGUUCUAGUUCCAUUGUUCUACACACUGUCAUAUUUUUAUGACAAGAUGAAUUACUACUGGGUAUUCUUUGUCGGCUUGAUGCUGGUUGAUGGGUUCCACAUAUCACUGUCCAACACAGUUGAUUUGGACUAUGAAGGGAUUGACAGGAUGUCACACCAGUACAACAUACUGAUCCCAGAUAAUUUACACCAGUACAUGAACAACGUUUACCAGCUAGUGUUUGACUUUUCAUUCAUCUUCAUAUCAGUCCCAAUCUCAAUUAUAAUACUUUUAAUAGAUAAAUUCACCAAUUUUGACAAUAAAUUUAUACUAUUGUUUGUGUUUAACAUGACGUUUCUGGUUUUAUCGCUGGCUUCCCUGUCCUUUUAUAUCUUUGGGAUGCCAAUUAUAAGGUCGACGAACUACCUGGCGUACUCCAGGAAUAUCAACCUGACGUUCCUCACAGUCAUGGACGAGUUCUGCAAUAAGCUGAGGCACGUUAGAGAUGGAUUCAGAAUAAUCUACUCGAGGCAGUAUUUGUUCAGGAACCUGCUCUACUUCUCGUUUGAAACGUCUUACGAAAAUUCUAUUUUUCUCCUUAUCAUACCACUGAUAUGCUACGAUAACUUGUGGUUCGCUGACUUGGACGUCUGCGGGAUGAACCUGUUCGCAGUGUGCCUGAUAUCAAUGUGUAAGCUGGGAACUAGCAUAUACGGGAUCUACGUGACGUACAAAAUCAAAAACAACUCAAACCACAACCUGUAUAUUUCAAGGAAGAAUACUAUUCUAAGAUGUUUGUUCUUCAGUAGCUUGAGCAUACUGUUAUUGCCUGCAGUUGUGUUGGUUCGAAGGUACUGUCCCAUCAAGUGGGCGUCGCUGUUUGUGAUGGUGCUUGGGUUAUUUCUGUUCUUCACCUUCACCACCCUUCCCAAGAUCAACUACUCCUCGAUACUCCAGUACAACAUUUCUAACCACCCCCUGUCCUACAAGCUGUUUGAUUUCGUCGGGACCUUCAUUACUCUGGUUGACGCUCUGGUCAUAUUCUCUCUCUCCUACGUCUUCAGGCUUCCGAACGGCGAGGUCACCUUCAGUCACGUGCUCACCUACACUGGUGUGAUAUACGUAGUGUAUACAGUGAUACAAAUAACAUUAGAAGUUUUUAAGCCACUUUAA